UGUGAUCAGUGUUCACUAAGACACACACAGAGCUCGCAGUGGACUAAAAGACCAUGUCUCCUCACGUGUCCUCAUCUCGAUUAAGGCCAACAUGGAGCCCCUCUUUUUGGGUCGCCUGCAUGGUUUUGAUGUUUGGUCGGCUCCAGGCACUCGUUCCGAGUGAAGCCAUUCCUCCUAAACGUUCAGAAGAACAGCACGGUCUGGGUAACACCCCCCUCUUCCCAGGAGUCCUGACCACACCGUUAACCACAACAGGCACCAGCGUUGAAGAGAAAACAACAUUGUAUGGGAAUGAAGCAAGCAUAUGUGAAGAAUACCGCACCUUAUGUGAUGUCACUCAACUACCAAGGGUUCAGUGCUACUCUGAAUUCCUUAAAGUUUGCAAAAGUAACUUUGAGAGUGAGAUAAACAAUGUCAACACCUCCGACUGGUGCAUGUGGGACAAAGUGAAAAGUCCCUACAACAAGUUCACGGUGUGUUCGGAGAAUACUGCAGAGUGCCUGAUGCUCCCGUGGCCCAACACUCUGGUGGAGGACAUGUUUGUGGAAAUCCACUCCUCCUAUUUCCAGGAGUGUCCCACUGAGUCACUUAGGGAUCCGCCACCUAAUGUCAUCUUCGCACUCGUCAUGACCCCUAUAUGUCUUAUCCCGGCUAUGGUGGUUCUCGUUGUGUUGAAGACCAAAAACGGAGACAGGAGGUCAUAAAGCUUGGCUUCAUCAUCUGGAUUUGCUCCAUCUGCCCUUUUCCUGGAAAAAAAAAAACUGGCACUCACAGUUUCUUCUGCUUUCAGACAUAAAGAUCUUUCUGUAUUCUAUCUUGACCAACAGUAUCCAACAGUAGUUCUGUUUCCAUCCACAUGCUGCAUGAAUUCUGAAAUAUCGCGAAUGGAAAUGAAAAACGAUGACCAGGAAUCCAAGAGAGGAUAUCAACUUGGUAUUCUCUGUGGAUUUGAAGGAAGGCCUUGCUUUUAGCAUUUUGAUGAGUGCAGCACUAGAACAUAUUUUGUCAGCUUUCUAAUUUGGUCGCUGUUUCACUGACCAUUUUGGAUAACGGAGUAGGAAUUGCCAACAACUAAAUUGGGAUGAAAUUGGGUUCGCAAAUGAAAUCAAGACAUUGGGUAAGAAAUUCAUCCAAGUGGAAGCUCCAGUAUUCAACCCAGAACCAUGUUUUGUUGCCUGGAAACCUAAGUGACGAGGCUAAAAUAUGUUAGCUAGCAAUGUAAUAACGUAUGCUGAGUUAGUUAGUUGGGUACAGUAAGUGCAUUUAUACAGACGAAGAGAAACAACAAAAAAAAUGUUACUCAUCUUGAUCAAGUUUCCUCACAUCACAAGUUAAAUAUAAUUUGAGUCUGCCUAGCAUUUAUAUUUUCUUGCAAUAUGAUUAAAUACAAAGUGAAGUAAUGUGCGUAUCAUGCUAGCAGGAGAAGACAGCUUCAUGUUUCUCAGUUUUGUUAGAAUUUCCACGUACCUGCGUUUCCCGAUCCUGAAAAGAUUGUCUGUUUUACGUGCCGCUAAUUAACCCACCGUGUUAAAAUGUUCCACGAGCAUUAGAUCGGCCAAUGUGUGUAGUGCAGCAGGUGGCAGGAUUUGGAAGCUAUAGUUAUAGCAUCAAGGUGAAAUUUAAACAUAGCUCCAAAUAAAAAAAUUAAAAAAAUAAAUUGCCACAUGAUGCGAUAAAUGAUGAUUUCUCUCACAUUUCAUACUUUUUUUUUCCCAAAAAUUCGUUCUACGUUUUUUGCAAAGCAUCUGUAUGGAAACAGACCUACUUGAGCAAUAUUUAUUUAUCAUGCAUCGCUGAUAUAUUACGCGCUUACAAUCAUGUUUUGUUUGAAUUUCUUAUUUUAUUUUUUCCCAUUUUUAAUCCUUGCGGAUGAUUAAGAGAGUUCGUUCAAGCGUUAAACACUCAUGCAGACGCUUUUCAAAAGCAACGUUUGAUCGUUUACUCUCAUGCUUCUAACAUCAGUUCAUUUCACUCAUUUGUUCUCUCAAAUCCUGAUGCUGAUAUUAACAUUACAGUGCUGAGUGCUGGUCCACCUCUCUUAUUAACACCUGUAUAAGCCACUGAAGCCUUACUUCAUGUACUGUAAGUGUGUGUGUGUGUGUAUUUUUUAAUAAUAUAAUUGGUAUUUUUAUAGGAAUGAGUGUCAGUUGAGUAACAAAGGCUAAUUUGCUGGCUCGGGGAUGAUUAUGAUAAAAUGUCAAUGCGUAUUUUUAUGAUUUUAUGACCCAAGUCACAAGCGAUGACUAUCGGUUUUGUGAAAGGACGACUAAGAGAGAACUUCACCCAUCUUUCAUUCUUUCAUAUUUAAACCAUUUACGUAUAAUCAUCCUCUGUCACUGAAAUAAGAUAGAAGAUUUAAAAAAAAGUGCUUUGCUGGAGGAUGAACUUUUCAAAGAAUGCUUUAUGGUUUGGAAAGGAAACAGACCGUAGAGCGGAAAUUUCAACUGUCCAAUCACAUCCAAGCAGGUUGGUGAUUUUUAGAUCACAGUACCAUAUACGCGUUCUUGUCAGAUUCUGUAGGCUGUCGGGAGAAACUCUGAUUUUAUUGGCUCUGCAGGUUCUGUAAAAAUAAACAAAUAAAUAAAAUAAACGACAUGGACCUCCAACAUGUAGCCAAUCAGGAACAUCUAAACUGAUCUAAUAAUCUUGGUGAUAAUUCAGAAACUUUUGCAUCUUGCUUUAGUAUUCUUUGCAUGCAUGGCUUUGGAUUGGAAACUGAAUAAAGGGAAGAGCUGUUUUGUUUGGAUGAGUUUCAAAACAGCUAGCUUCAGCAAGGGGGAAGCCAUGGUUAAAUAGUUAGAGAAAAAGCUUUGAAACCAAAAGGUUGCUGGUUCAGUUCCCUAAACCAGCAGGAUUGGUUUAAAUGCCCUUGAGCAAGGCACCUAACCUCCAACUACUCUGCCAAGUGUGGUGGUGCACCUUGUGUCUGAUUAGCGAAAGAAAAAAUUGAUGAUGUGAUUAUCAGUUUGGGCAAGAACCUGGCCAUGAUGAUAAUAGCUUCAGAGAGCUAUUGCUGAAAAAUCUAAUUAAAGAGUGAGAAGAUGAAGACUAUCGAGUACAAAUGUGCAAGCAGCAAUCCAUAUUUACUUGUUUACGGUUUAGAAGAAGAAGAAGAAACCUUUAUUCAUCACAUGCAUGCUUCAAGCACAGUGAAAUUCAUCCUCUGCAUUUAACCCAUCUGAAGCAGUGAACACACGCACACACUCAGAGCAGUGGGCAGCCACACCAGAGCAGUCAGGGGUUCAGUACCUUGCUCAAGGGCACCUCAGCCCAAGGCCGCCCCACGUCAACCUAACUGCAUGUCUUUGGAUUGUGGGGGAAACCGGAGCACCCGGAGGAAACCCACACAGACAUGGGGAGAACACGCAAACUCCACACAGAAAGGCCCUCGCCGGCCGCUGGGUUCGAACCCGGAACCUUCUUGCUGUGAGGCGACCGUGCUAACCACUACACCACCAUGCCUUGCACUUUAUUGGAAACAAAAAAUUUAAAUACACAGAAUGGCAUGAAGUAGAAGCUGGGGCUGAUUUCUUUCUAGCACAGACCAUAUUACAUUACAUUAAUGGCAUUUAGCAGAAGCUUUUAUCCAGAGCAAUGUACAAUAUACCCAGAGCAGCCUGGGGAGCAGUUAGGAGUUCGGUGCCUUGCUCAAGGGCACUUCAGCUGGUCCAGGGAAUCAAACCAGCAACCUUUUGGUCCCAAAGCUGCUUCUCUAACCAUUAGAACAUGGCUUCGUGCAGUCAAGGAACUCAUGCAGUCGAGUCAAAUGAUUGUAAUAAACACGAAUGAGGUGGAUUACCUUCCUGAUUACCUCACUGACCACAUGAUCAUUUCGUGCUUGGAUUAGAUUCUUAAAACUUGGUGCAUCCUUUCCAUCUUGUUUCAGUUACAGAUCCCAGUAUUUGAUGCAAAUAUAAAGAACAAAAUGGGUGAACUGUUUUUAAGGAGCAACUGAACCACAUAAACAUCUCAAUUUAUCAAUGUAUAUAUUUUUUAAUGACAAUGCAGUGUUUUCUCUGUCGGCUUAGUGAAUGUUUAAAGGGUUAAAAGUUUAAGGCAAGCACAUGGUUGUGUAUUCAAAUCCCAUGACUGCCCCUGCUGGGUCACUGAACCAGACGAUUAACCCUCAGUUACUCUGUAAACGUGUGCUCGGAUCGUCUCAAAGCCAUUUUUGGAAAUUUCGGACCUCACAGCUGCUUUGGUGCAACAUCCACAGUAAUUUAGCGCAGUAGAGGUGAAAGGUUAAAGGGAACACUCUUAACUGGAAAACCAGCUGGAAUGAAGGCUGUGUGCUUACCUGUGUGAAUCUGUAUAUGAAUAAAAGGGUCUUAGUUCAAGGUCUGACGGUGGGACUAUAAAAAUGGAAAAAAAAAGUAUGUAUGUUUAUACUUAAUUGUUUUACUGUUUCAUGUAAUGGGAGAUGUUGUCUUUGUAUACUUUGCACAUUUUGUAAUGACUAUGAAAGUGUGUGCCUUCGUCGAAUCUGUGUAUUUGAGCUGCUCUGUCCUGUGGUAUGGCCUCACUAACAAUCUGUGAAUCAUUUUAUACUGUUCCUCUGGAAGCACUUAGACAAUACAAUUAAACAGUGUCUUUUA